AAAGGACUGUGAACCCAGCAGACAGCAUUCAGUCCUCAGAAGGGAAGAAGAAGAAUCACUACUCACUCACUCAACUCCGCUAUAGAAAACAUGAAGGGGCUUUUGAUCGUCUUCUGUCUGGCAGCUGUAGCUUUUGCACAAGAUAAAAAUGCAGGAAAUAAGCGAUUCUUUGGAGGAUUAAACCAAGGUUUGGGUGGAGGGUUUGGUGGAGUUGAUCCAGGAUUUGGAGGUGGAAUUAACCCAGGCUUUGGAGGAGGAUUCGGAGGAGUUUCCAACACCUGCAGACGUUGGUGCCGAACUCCCGAGGGACAGGCAUACUGCUGCGAGAGCAACAAUGAGCCUGACACCAUUCCCUUCGUGAAGCCAGGUGUAUGCCCUCCAGUUCGCCCUCAGUGCCCACCCGUCAGGACCUUCGCCCCUCCACAGACAUGCUCCAAUGACAGCAAAUGCGGAGGUGUCGACAAGUGCUGCUACGACAGGUGUCUUGAAGAGCACGUGUGCAAACCCCCAGUUGGGUCUUCCGGCUUCGGUGGAUUCGGUUUUGGAAGAUAAUUUCUGACUGUCUCUUGAAGGAUUAUCGUUGUGAAUUAGAAUUUAGUUAUUUUUUUGUUAUUUUAGAUUUAUAAAUGCCAAAGAUCUCAGGUAUCAAUAAAUAUCAUAUGCCAUA